AUGUUUCCAAACGUUGGUGUACCACGCAACAGUCGCAAAAUGCUAUGCGAUGCAUUCCAGAGAGAGUUCUACCAAACCCCUAUUGAUAUUCUUGUAUUUGUCCAAGACAUGGAUGAAACUUGUAGUGACUAUAACGCAUGAGGAGAUAAACCUCCAUUUAUACGACACAUGACGGUUAAGGACGAAUCUGGCGGUGACAUUUGUGUCACAAUGUGGGGAGACAGAGCAUUAUACGCUACAGUCGACGAUUAUAAAAACAGAGUGAUUGCUUUCAAUGGGAUUAUUCCGUCGUAUUUUGAACUCGAGAGAAAGCACUAUUUGAGUGUAACACCAGCAACUCAAAUUGUGGCCAAUCCCAAUGUCGAUGGAGCAUUGGAAAUGCAGAAUCGGUUCCACGGAUUGGCAGGUCCAUCAAUGAUUCUAUAA